AUAUAGUGAAUGCAGGGUCCGGGGAGACCGGAUAUAGUGAAUGCGGGGUCCGGGGAGAGCAGGUAUAGUGAAUGCGGGGUCCGGGGAGAGCGGAUAUAGUGAAUGCAGGGUCCGGGGAGACCAGAUAUAGUGAAUGCAGGGGUCCGGGAAGACCAGAUAUAGUGAAUGCAGGGUCCGGGGAGACCAGAUAUAGUGAAUGCAGGGUCCGGGAAGACCAGAUAUAGUGAAUGCAGGGUCCGGGGAGACCAGAUAUAGUGAAUGCAGGGUCCGGGGAGACCAGAUAUAGUGAAUGCAGGGUCCGGGGAGACCCGAUAUAGUGAAUUCAGGGUCCGGG